AUGUCGCACGCGGCGUCGACGCGAUGCCCGCUCGCGUCUAGACACGCGCUCCUCGGGCGCGCGCGCUCCUCCCUCGGCGCGUCGUCGUCGGCGGCGGCGGCGGCGGCGGCGGCGUCGCCGCGUCCGCUCGCCGCCGGCGUCUCUUCGCGACGACGACAGACGCCUCGGCCUCCCGUCUCCCGUUCCAGGGCCCCGACGCGCUGCGUCUCCACCCCGGAGCGCUCCGCGAAAGACCCGCGCGCGCGCGUCGCGCUCGACCCGUCCGUCGUCGCCGUGCGCGAGACGACGACGAGCGGCGAGCUCCGCGCGUCCGCGGCCGCGCGCGCGCUCUCCUUCUACGAGUACCCUCCCGACCGAUCCGAGUACUCCGUCCGCGCGCAUCGCAACAUGAGGAUCGACGCGGAGUGGGACGCGAUCGGCGAGAAGAUCGCGGGCACGGACGUCGCGUUCAAGAACUGCCGCGUCUCGUGCCUCGUCGCGGCGCUGCCGCUCCUCGAGGACGGCGCCGCGCCGGAAGGAUUCGGAAUCGACGACGGCGUCCACCCCGCGAGCGUCGCGCGAGACGGAGACCCUCCGCCGGGGACGAUCGUGCUGGGCACGCUGGACGUGAACCAGGGCGUUACGCUGCCCGCGGAGGAGCUCGCGGGGAAGUUUCCGCGCGAUGACGACCCGGUGCGGCCGGGGACGGACACGAGUCAGGACGGAAGAGGGCCCGGAGAAGAGAAGAAGAAGAAGACCCAGACCGGCGACACCGGCGACGCCGGCGCCGGAGAAACCGGCGUGCGCGCGACGCGGUACCGACGCGCGUACCUCAGCAACGUGUGCGUCCUCCCGCAGGCGCGGCGAUUGGGUCUCGGGAAGCGGUUGAUGCGACGCGCGAUGGAGGUGGCGGAGGGGUGGGGCGUGGAGGAGAUGUACGUGCACGUGGUGAGCGAUAAUCACGGCGCCAAGUCGUUCUACGAGGACUUUGGGUUCGUCGUGGAGAGCGAGGAGACCGCCGCGUUCGCCGCGGGGUUGUCGCGCCCGCCGAGGAUCAUCCUGAGGAAGUCGGUCGGCGUGGAAGGGGCGUCCGCGGAGGAGGCGUCGCCGUGAUGCGUUCCUUCGCGGUGGAUUCGUUGGAAGUACUUUCGUACAUCUUAACUACUAGCUAGAGCGGCGCGACCCUCGGACGUAAUAAGGUAAGACUCCUCUCUC